GAUCGUCCAGUCGCGAAGAAUCGCAUCGUACGCAUCAAACGCAUCGUACGCGUUCUACAAAAGACAUGAAGGUCUUGGUCGUUUGCACGUUAAUGUUGCACCAACUUCAAAUCGCCGAACCUAUCGGCCGUCACCAAUGGCAGCAACAACCGCGGGAUCGUUUUCAAUUCGAAAGGCCGAUGGAACGCGUCGAUGAGAUACUUCGACCGUUGGAUCGGUCUCGUUUGAAAGAAGACAACGCGAUGCUGUUGCUCGAUCGACCGACCCCCGAACAAAGGAGACAGAUCGUCACCGAUUACCAGGAAUUAGAGUCGCCGGAGAGGAUACACGUUCAGACCAGAUCCUCUUGUUCCUGCGAGUCCCAGUACGAAAUGAUAGACCUAGGAGACGGUCAUUAUCCGAGAUACUUGCCCGUGUCGCGUUGCAAGCCGAAAACGUGCCAAAGCAAAUUUCAUUCUUGCAAAGCGCUACCUUACAUGGUGUACGUGCUGAGGUCCCGCGAAAUCAUCACACCGGCCAAGGACGACGAGAAGAUACCGGAAACGCCGUUGCCCGAAUCUCUCCGACACAAGUGGCAGCUGAAACCGAUCACGAUUUCGGUCGCCUGUGUGUUAGCCUAACGCCAUACACGUCGACCGAACCGGCCAACCCCUUCGCACCGAACGACUAACGCGCUUUUAAUAUCCCCGCGAGUCGUCGUAAAACGCGGCGACAUCAAACUUCCAUUUCAGCCAUUGCGUCCGAGCAAUGUUCCAUCGCGAAAGCCGCUUUACGACUUUUCUUUCCAUCAUCGAUCGAACGACAAUGCUUCUCUCAAUUUCCAGUCAGAUUCAAUGGAAUUGAAUAACAAAGAUCGAUGGUGACCAGACGUGGAAGCGUGGAGGCCGGGUUUACGUAUUUCCUCCUGAAUGGUAAACAAGAAGAAGAGUUACGGGGAAGGAAGGAAGGAAGCAUAAGGGCAGGUCCGAGCGCUAUAUGGCCACUCGAAACCGUGUUUACAGUGCAUCUUCCGAAGGUUUACUUUACCCUUUACCCAUUCACGAUAAAGAGUACUCCGCUUCCGUUAUCUCAUCUCGCCUGCUCGAUAACGCGCGAUUGACAGCUACUCGACUCGCCUACUUUGCCGCAAACACAACCGCGCGAAUCGCGGUUAUUAUCUUUCUC